ACAGCCGGAUGAACGAAUGUCAUCGACUUCACUGUGUUGAAUAGGGGACAUCGAAACACAGAUCUUCAGUAGUUUCACACUCUAAGAUCACCCGCAGACUUGAUUAUGGCCAACGAUGAAAGCUGCAAGAAGUAUGGGGUCCCAGUCUACGGAGCUGCCUGGGUUCCACCUGGCGCCAUCAGAUCUGCUCCCAAACCGCCGCCAGAGGGAGAUGGUGACGAUAAGGACGCCGCCGACAAGUCGCCUCUGAUCGCCACCCACAACUACGUCGUCAUGGCUGGAGGGGGCGGCGAAGGGAAUAGUGGUAUCCCCAAUGCUAUCCUUCUAGCUCGAUUCGAUUUCGAUUCCAGCUUUCUCUCCGAUCUGCCUGUGGCAAGGCUUGGAACUGGCAGUGAUCUGCCUUACAGGAUGACUGUCCACCCUGGGGGAGAAGGUCUUAUUUGUUCCUUACCAAAGAGUUGCAGUUGGUUUGAGUGGGAUGCAGGCAGUGACACAGAUGAUGGUGCUUUAAGUGUGAAGUUAUCUGAGAGAUUACUUAAGCAAUUGGAAGACGUUGGACAGCAAUUAGCACUAACAUUUAACAAUGAGGGUUCUCUACUUGCUGUUGGUGGUGAGGAUGGCAAGCUGAGAGUUUUCAAAUGGCCUAGCAUGGAAAUUAUUAUUGAUGAGGCCAAUGCCCAUUCUUGUGUAAAAGAUUUAGAUUUCAGCCCUGAUGGGAAAUUUCUUGUAUCUGCUGGAAGUGGCCCUUGUAGGGUUUGGAAUGUCUCAACAUCUGCAUCAGUGGCUUCUUUGCAGAAGGAAAAUGACGAGAUUUUAGGCUUUUGUAGGUUCUCACGAAGUAGUGACAAUAACCAAGCACUCUAUGUCACUGCAAUGCAAGGAAAAGGAGGAAGUAUUGUGAAGUGGAGCACUGCUUCAUGGAAUAGGAUGAGCUCAAAAUGGGUUUCCCGUGACCCAAUUUCAGCUUUUAAUGUUUCAGCUGAUGGGAAGCUCCUAGCAAUUGGGACCAUUCAAGGAGAUGUUCUUAUCUUGAGUUCCAACUUACAAGUACUAACCACUGUUAAGAAAGCACAUCUUGGUCUCGUGACUACGUUGAAGUUCUCCGACGAUUCGAGGGCUUUGCUCUCUACCUCAUUGGAUUCAAGUGUAAGGGUGACAGUUAUCAAGGACAAGUCCGAUAAAAAAGGAUUCAACUUGUGGAUCAUUCUUUUAAUUAUUCUAAUGGCGAUAGCUGUAUAUUAUGCGAAACGCGAAGGGAAACUCUCAUUGCCGCUCGAUUUUCCAAUCAAGUUUUGAAGUAUCGAAAUUUACCUCAGAUCUGCAAUUUGAUAAUUUUCAAUUAAUGCCUGUUUUGUAGACUGGACCUAGGUUCUGGAUUUGGUGGAACUGAUCACCAAACACUGUAAUCUGUUUUGUUUUUGUACAUAGUUUUUAGAUGAAUGGUUUCCCUCUCUUAGAAAUAAAACUCCGAGACCAGAACGUCAUGCUCUUAGAGUGUACGUAUCAGUAACAGUUAUUAUACCGAUAUAUUGAUAUUGAUGUUACAUACAUUGACUUUGAUAAAAUCGUAUGAAUGUCAUUAUACCAGGAUUUGAACAUUU